AGCUUCCAGGGACAUGGAGCUUUCAGAGACAUGGAGCUCUGCGGGACACGGAGCUCCCAGGACACGGCGCUCUCCGGACACGGCGCUCUCCGGACACGGAGCUCUGCAGUACACAGAGCUUUCCAGGACAUGGAGCUCUCCGGACACGGCGCUCCCAGGACACGGAGCUCCCAGGACACGGCGCUCUCCGGACACGGAGCUCUCCGGACAUGGAGCUCUCCGGACACGGCGCUCUCCGGACACGGAGCUCUCCGGGAGCAGCUCCUGCAUCCCCGCGGCUCCGGGCGCUCGGGGUUUCCAUGGAGCCGCGGGCUCAGCCCGGGAAUACAGAUGAGCCGAGCGGGGGCGGUUGCCACGGCACCGGCGACAUUCGGGGCCCUUUGUCCCUUCACUUGCUUCUGCUCUGUCCCCUGGUUUAUUUCUGCUCUGUCCCCUGGUUUAUUUCUGCUCUGUCCCCUGGUUUAUUUCUGCUUUGUCCCCUGGUUUAUUUCUGCUUUGUCCCUUCACUUAUUUCUGCUUUGUCCCCUUGUUUAUUUCUGGUUUAUCCCCUUGUUUGUUUCUGCUUUGUCCCUUUAUUUCUCCUUUCCCCAAGUAUUUUUCCUUUUUCCCUUUUUGUUUCUCCUUUUACCUUGUAUUUCUUUUUUUCCUUUUUAUUUCUCCUUUCCCCCCUGUAUUUCUCCUUUUUGCUUUUAUUUCUUUUUCCCUUAUUAUUUCUCCUUUUCCCCUUUUUAUUUCUCCUUUUUCCCCUUUUUAUUUCUCCUUUCGUUUUCCCAGCCGAGGUUGGAGCCGGGAGAUCGGCUCAGCGGAGCCGGGAAAUCCCGGGUUCCUUGUGAGGGUGGGGUUAGACGGGAUUCUGGGAUGAAAUCCCUCCCUGGAGGAGCUGGGACAGAAUUCCCAGAGAACCCGCGGCUGCCCCAUCCCUGGAAGUGCUCUGGGACCGUGGAAAUGUCCCUGCCCCUGGCACUGGGUGGGAUUUAACCCCAUUUAAUUCCAUGAUAAUUCCCUCCUGCCCCAGGCAGGAUCCCGCUCCCCGCAUCCCAACUUCCCCCGGGGGCUGGAUGGGGAUGGAAAAACGGGAAUGGGCGAGGGAAGGAUUCUCCCACCGCAUCCAGCGGCCACUUCCCACCCGCCCGUGCCGGGUGUGUGGCGGAGCAGGAGCUGGGGAAGAUGGAGAAGAUGGAAAACCUGGAGAAGCUGGAAAAGCCAGGGAAGAUGGAGAAGAUGGAGAAGCUGGGAAAGCUGAGGAAGGUGGGGAAAAUGGAGAAGAUGGGGAAAAUGGGGAAUCCAGAGAAGAUGGAGAAGCUGGAAAAGCCGGAGGAUCCGGGGUAAAAUCCAAUUAUGGACAAAACCAGCAGAGCUGGGGAGGUUUUCCCUGGAAAACCAGGCUUGGAACCAGGAGCCUUUUCCAGAUUUUCCUUCACAGCUCCAAGAAAAUAAAUAAAAGCCCCCCCACCAAAUUCCUCCGUGAUAUAUUUAUGUAUUUUAAUUUUUAAAGGAGAAAAGAUUCCCGAGACAUUUGAACAGCUGGAGACUUUUCCAGACCCGAAAGCGCCGGAGCACUGAAAAGGAAAGGAAUGACCCCGCGGAGGAGCCCGGAGGACGCGGCCGAGCGCGGGAUCGACUCCUUUGGGGAGGAAGAAGAGGCCGGGCUCUGACCGAGGCGCCCGCAGCGCUUCCAGCUCCCGUCCCGGGGGUCACCGGGCGCGGCCCGACGCUUGCAGCGGCUCGCAUGGAGCAUCUCC